ACCGCUAGCCCUUCCGGGGCGCCUCCGGACUUCGGGUUCCAGCACCCUGGGCGGAUGCCCAAAGACUCCGCCUUCCCAGGAGCCCCUGCGGCCGGGCGCGAAGAUGGCGGCGGCGACGGCCGGACACCCCUAAAGCAGCUGCUAUGGAGCCUCCCCCGGCACCGGGGCCGGAGCGGCUCUUUGAUUCGCACCGGCUCCCAGGUGACGGCUUCCUGCUCCUCGCGCUGCUGCUUUACGCGCCCGUCGGGUUCUGCCUCCUCGUCCUGCGCCUCUUUCUCGGGAUCCACGUCUUCCUGGUCAGCUGCGCGCUGCCAGACAGCGUCCUUCGCAGGUUCGUGGUGCGGACCAUGUGUGCAGUUCUGGGACUCGUGGCCCGCCAGGAGGACUCUGGACUCCGGGAUCACCGCGUCAGGGUCCUCAUUUCCAAUCACGUGACACCUUUCGACCACAACAUCGUCAACCUGCUCACCACCUGUAGCACCGUGAGUGGGGGCCAAAGCCCCGCAGGGCAGUUCCUGGGGACCCAGCUCAAGGCUCGCCUAUCCCCGUCGGGUUUCCCUUGGGCGAUACAGAACCUUUCCCCUAAUCCCGCUCCUUUACCCUCACAUCAGUUUCCCUCAUUUCCCUCCAUGGGUUUCUUCUUGCUUUGUCUCCUCCGCGGUCCCCAGCCUCUACUCAACAGUCCCCCCAGCUUUGUGUGCUGGUCUCGGGGCUUCAUGGAGAUGGACGGGCAGGGGGAGCUGGUGGAGUCCCUCAAGAGAUUCUGUGCUUCCACGAGGCUUCCUCCCACCCCUCUGCUGCUGUUCCCCGAGGAAGAGGCCACCAAUGGCCGGGAGGGGCUUCUGCGCUUCAGCUCCUGGCCAUUUUCCAUCCAGGAUGUGGUACAACCUCUUACCCUGCAAGUUCAGAGACCCCUGGUCUCUGUGACGGUGUCAGAUGCCUCCUGGGUCUCAGAACUGCUGUGGUCACUUUUCGUCCCUUUCACGGUGUAUCAAGUAAGGUGGCUUCAUCCUGUUCAUCGCCACCUGGGAGAAGGAAGUGAGGAGUUUGCACUCCGUGUGCAACAGCUGGUGGCCAAGGAAUUAGGCCAGAUAGGGACACGGCUUACCCCAGCAGACAAAGCAGAACACAUGAAGCGACAAAGACACCCCAGACUGCGCCCUCAGUCAGCCCAGUCUUUCUCUCCUUCGCCUGGCCCUUCUGCUGAUGUGCAACUGGCAACUCUGGCUCAGAGAGUCAAGGAAGUUUUACCCCAUGUGCCACUGGGCGUCAUCCAGAGAGACCUGGCCAGAACUGGCUGUGUAGACCUGACCAUUACUAAUCUGCUUGAGGGGGCUGUGGCUUUCAUGCCUGAAGACAUCACCGAGGGAACCCAGUCCCUUUCAACAGCUCCUACCCCCAAGUUCCCCAGCUCUGGCUCGGCGACACCUCAGCCCACAACCCUAACAUUUGCCAAGUCUUCCUGGGCCCGGCAGGAGAGCCUGCAGGAACGCAAGCAGGCACUAUAUGAAUAUGCAAGAAGGAGAUUCAAAGAGAGACAGGCCCAGGAGGCUGACUGAGCUCAAAGGAACAGAAUGGCACCCAGAGCCGCAGGACGGAGACUGGGGGCAGCCCUCACCCAACUCACAACAGGCUGGAAGGGUGGGUGGUAAAAAGGGAGGGGUGGGGCUCCCCCAAUCUCACAUUAAAUUCAGGGUUUUCACUCAA